AUGUCGCUGCCACACUACUUCAGCUCGGUGUUCACCGGCGAAAACUUUCUCCUGUUCACCAAAUCAAUCACCAUCGCUUCCAUGGGCAUCGCCACAGGCGCUGGACUAUCCUACAACGCCAUGAUUAUGCCCGCCCUCGCCAAAUUCGCCCCCUCCUCCUCCUCCCUUGCCGUCUGGUGCGAGACCGCUUUUCCCGCCAUGUCGAUCCAAGUCUCCGCGAUCGCAGUAAGCGUCCUAGGCGGGUCCUACAUCUAUUAUAAGACCAAGAACCGCUUCUUCCUCUAUUCUUCCCUCAUCAUGGCCUCCAUCCUCCCCUACACCGCCGCCUUCUUUCUUCCCAUCAACGGACCCCUCUUUGAAAUGAACAAGACUGGACGUGAUGAUGGAACGAUUGGAAAGAAGAUGGCCCAGUGGAAUAGGAACCAAUAUGGACGCGUAGGCUUGAAUGCUUUGGCGUUGUUUGUUUCGCUUUUUGGCAUCUUGCAUGUUAAAGCUGCUUAG